AACAGUUUCAUAUUGAAUAUUCUGUUUAAAAAGGAAGUGUCACUACGGGGCUUCAGUAGUAUAGUGAUAUAUUGAGCAUGUGGCUUGAACGAUAGCCGUGUACAUAUGCUGUAACCUUAAGAAAGUUUGAAAUAUGGUUUGUAAGCGAGCGGUGUUUUGCGCACGGUGUCACCGGCUCGAACCCUCGGUACGCAGAAAAUGGCUGGUCGCAGGUCCGAGCUCGGAGUCUCUCCUCACAGUGCGGCAGGAUAGAAACGCGGCUAGCUUUUGCUCGAGCUUUUCUACAGGAACGAAUUAAACGCGGUUAGCGACACGGGUUCGAGCCACUACAUCGACUCACAGCAUCAAAAGAAUGGGCACAGAUUGGAAGCAUGAAACCUGCUAGGGACAUUUCAUGUCAAAGAUGUUGGCACCCUGGGUCUUGACACCAUCAGUAACAGAUCUUGGGGUCUCAGCAUCAGAAGGCAGAAAGUGAUGUCAGAGAUUAAUGACCUUUCCCAGUGGCAGUGACGAGGAUGGAGAUGGCUGGCUCCCACAGAAAAGAAAAUAUUCUAUUUGCAUGGUUUUUACAAGUGGAUUUUGAAGAAAAGUUUCAGUGAAUUCUCAGGUAGUAAUAAACUGAUUAGUACGCACUGAGUGACGUCAUUGCUCCUUCUCUGGCGAGCUAACAACCAAAGUUAGCAUAUUGUUGUUUCAAACAUCAGAGGAUAUUGUUCAGGACCUUUGCCAUCCAAGGGGACUGAUGUUAACUCUAGUCGAGUCAAUCAAAGGUAGGUUUUAUGGAUAAGGUUAUAAAUGAGAGGACCUUAAUGGAAUUUUAGCCUGAAAACCAAAUCCCCUUCCAUCUCAGGAGUAUCUUGCGAAUAGGGUGGUACUGAUGGUGGAGACAAAGCAAGAAGGGAGUACCACACCAUGCCUCUGGUUCAGAAUUCUGUUAAUUCAAUCAAGCUGUCAGAAAUGGUGUCAUCAUGCCUGAAUCUACACCAGACAAUAUAUGAAUAGCUUCACAACUGACACCCGGCAUCAGGACUAACGCCAUUUAAUCAGAAAUGAAUGAACCAAUAACCAAAGUGAUAUAUUUUAAUCCUAACCUCUUAUCCAGUGAUUACCCUGUGAAGGACCUUCACCGACAAUCCCCUCUAAAGAAUACUAGUAAUAAAAUAUAUGAUGAAAGUUUCAGUCACAUUACCAAAGAGGAGGUGAAGAUACAGGACUUUGCAAAUGUUACUGGGUCUGAGACAGUUGAAAAGACCAGAGACUGUGAGGACAAAAAAAGGACAAAACACUGCCUGGUGUACAACAGUGCAAACUGUACAACUCCGGUCCCAUUUUAUGAAAAACAGAAGGGAUUUGAUGUAGCAAUGCCUGAAGCUGUUACUAGUGUUAAAGAAGCCAUGGGGCAGGAAGAAGUCUUUGCAGCACUGGAUUUAAGCCUGCCAAAAAAGAAUGUCAGGGAUAACAAAGAAAAGUGUAAAUGGAUUCUAGAUCCUGAAUACCAUAUUUCAUUAAUAAUGGAGGUAGAUGAGAUCAAGGAUGACACUCAGCAUGUAGAUGUGGUGCAAGAUGAAGACAAUGAAGAUUACUGGUCUGACAUGGGAAAUGAUUAUAUGAACAACUUUCACUUAGAAAAUUGGGAUCAGUGUCCUUCUGCUUCACAUGUAGCCAUACCAUCUACAUAUGGAUCAGUCAUGUGUCCUGAUCCAAAGGAUACACUUCUCAUAGAUGACCAAGGUAUUCCUUACACUCUUAGUCCAGAUGGUCAAAAAGUUCCCCAGUUAGAACCUUCCGAAAUGCCAGUGACUGCCUCAGAUGAGACGGGAUCCGCAGAGUCUGACAUUCAGAUGUCUUUGGCUUUUCAGAAUGCAGAGCCUGACCGAGAGUUAUUUCUUCCAGAUUUGAUUUUGGAGGAUUCAUCGCAUAGUGUCUCAACAGAAAGCUCACAGGCUACAGUAGUGCUGGAGAAGAAAUCUCCCAAUGAUUCCUCUGUUGAGCCCGGGCCAACUGCAUUGCCACCGAUGUCUACUCUGCCUUCCCUUCCUAUUCAGAUUAUGGCUAGUAAUACUGAUUCAAACACACCCAUCCUCCUCCUCCCACCAUCUCACCUUCAAACACUUACAGCUUCAGCAUCUAAUGCUAAUUCUGAACUUAUGGCUCUGUCGCUACCUUUUGCCCUUGCCUCAAACACACAGUCCACCCCUGUCUUACUUGUUCUUUCAUCUCCUGAAGUGUCCUGUGGAAUUCAAUCUUCCUCAAAUUCAGGACAUUUUUCUUCAGUUUCCUCCCCAUCAUCUGUUGCACUUCCUUCUUCUUCGAGUUCGCCUGGCCCUAAACCGGAACCCAUCUCUUGUACAACUGCUAUAAAUCUCUCAGGACAAAAUAAAUCCUGUAAUUAUUCUGCUGCCCCUACCUCACCCAUUGCUUCCUCCAGCACUUCCUCUGUGAACUCUUCAUAUCUGGCUAAGCAACUGAAAACUGAUACAUGCUCUGACAUGCCUACUUCUUUCCAGGAAGCACUGCUUAGAUUAGCUGUAUCUGCUGAACAAAAAAAUGAAAACCGAUCCAAAUGCAUUGACAAAUCUUCAGUCUUUAGCUCGUCAUCUUGUACUGAAGCAACUCAGGCACUAGAGGAACAUUGUGACACUGAACAAGUGUCACCCGUCUCUGAGCCAGAGUCUGUCUCAGUGGACCGAACAGACUCUUUAUUAAGAAUCCCUGCUGAAGACCUUCAACUCCAGUCCUCUACUUCCCCUCCUAGUCCAGACUCACCAGUAGUUCCCACCAACCAUUCAAAAAAACAGGAUGCUCAGGCAUUAGGCCCACGUCGCAUUCUUUACUGCCAGUACUGCCCACGGGUUUUCUACUACCUCUCAGACCUGGAACGCCACUCCAUCACACACUCCCAGAAGAAGCCGCACAUAUGCCAGCUGUGCGGCAAGGCUUUCAAACGCUCCAGCCAUCUGGAGCGGCACAAGCAUAUCCAUACAGGUGAACGGAACUUUGAGUGCCAGCUUUGCCCACGGCGUUUCAGAGAAGCUGCAGAGCUGACAAGGCACCAGCGGGUACACACAGGUGAAAAGCCUUACCAGUGUCUGUUAUGCCAUAUGCGGUUUGCUGAGCGUAACACUCUACGGCGGCACACUAAGCGCAAACAUCAGGGUCAGCAGCAGGAAGCAAUGAACACAAAAUCAAAGCCAGAAACCGAAGGGGUUUCACUUGUUGGUAUGCACGAGCAACAGGAAGAAAAUGCUGAGUGGUAUAUCUCAACAUUGACUGAGAUGGAGUCUGACAAUGACACAGGAGGAGAAUGAAAAUGAAACAUUACAAUGAGGCUUCAUUUAUAUAUUUCGUUUUUUUUUUUUUUUUUUAAAUUAUAUUCGCAGUUUAUUUACUUUUAUAUUUAAAUACUAUAGUUCUCAUUAAGUAUGCAGUGAAAAUGUCCACUGAAAUCCACUUAAAUGGAUUGCUAUAUAUGGCAAUACUUUGGCUUUGUUAAUCCUUUACCUCCUAUUUUUACCCUCAAUACGUCUUAGAAUGUCUUAAUUACACGAGUGCACAUUUCUUACUCUGGUCAAAUGAACCACUUUGCUGUGAAGGUCAAGUAAUCAGAUUUGUUGACUCUUGAUUAGUGCUUUUCCUGUGAUCAUUUAAAAUGCUUCACAAACUUCAUUACCAAGUAAUGCAUCAUGUUACAUGAUGCAUCAAGGCACCUUCAGAGGUAUAGUGUAUAGCGAGAUGUUAAUUUCAGUUUCCUAUUUUUAUUUUAAAAUUGUACAGAUCGUUUUUUUUUUUUUUUACUAUUGUGCCUUGAAAUACAUUUCAUCAUUUCAAUUGCUUAUUGCUUUCAAAAGUAAUGCACACUGUGAAGUAGAACAUUUAAAGUUUAUACUCAGCCUGUUAUUCCUACUGCUUUCAAUUUUCUGUGAACAUAGAAGUGUUCUCUGUAUCAUUGAUUGUUGCUAGAAGAAGUGUUAGAAAAAAUUGUUGCUCAUUUAAAGUUUGGAUUGGUAUGUUAUGUUGCAGUUUGCUAUAUAUCAAUAGUAAGAAAUGUAAAUGACAUUUAAAAACAAGUUUUGAUGUGUAUAUAGAUAGUGUUUGCUUGUUUUAAUUAAAUUUGUAAUUACAUUUCUUAAUUUGAGUGUGACUCAAAGAAAUGCACAUCAGCAGAGUAAAUAUACUGUGUAAUAUGUUAAUAUAUUCCCUGUAAAUAACAAAUGAUCAUCCUGGGUCUGAUUGCCCUAGGGUUAAUUUAAAACUCUAUAGUGUGUAUUUCAUAUAUAAUUAGCAAUCUGAAUAUUUGCACACUUUAAUUAAAGCAUGCUUGCUGACCCUUAUCUCUCACUUUAGUGAUUCUUAUGAUCAAUUGUGCAGGCAGGUUAUUCUGCCUUAGCAUCACUGGAUUGCAAAUAUUCAAAGCAGUUUAGACAGAGCUGCUAAGAAAUAUUACCUAAAUGACACAGUUGGGGUUGCAGUAUUGUGCAGUAUUCUGUAUAUUCUUAAAGGAUCAAUUUUAUUUAUUAAACUCCUUAUACUUUAGACCUGCCAUGGUGCUAUGUAAUAAAAAUGUAAUAAGAUGGGGUGUUGUAAGCUUGUAAGCUUCACUAAUUAUUAUUUUAAAAAGAAUAAAUUUUACAGGCAAAUUGACUGCCUGUAAAGUACAUGCAGGAUGUAAUGCAUACUGUAUUAAUCAUAUUAACAGAUAUGUGGUAAGAUCAAGCACUUCUAUGACACAAACCACUGGGUUAUAUUCGACACAUGCAUAAAUAUGAGCAUAUGCCAUAGUCUGUCACACUGUCUCAUAUCACAAUAAAAUGCCUUAAAAUAAAGCUCGUCAUUGACAUUUUCAUUA